UAUCGGCGGUGGAGUGAUGUCACAGGUGCUGUCCCGCCAAUGACGUUGCCCAACGCUCAGAGGGUCUAGAUGCCUCCUACUUUGAGCCCCCUUCCAACACCUACGCACACCUGAGCAACAGCCCUGUCUUACACCUAGGUUGCACUGCCCAUCAGGCUGCGGGUUAGGUCUCAAAAACAGCUGAAGAAAUACUACUAUAACACGCGUCGCAUCCCGUCUUUACGUUCCCCGGGAACCUAGCCCCUCCCUUCCUGCCAUCUAGGAACAGUUCUUGCCCAAGUCAAGCACACAUCACUCCACUUGAGCACGUACCGUAAACAUCACCAACCAGGCAACAACCCUGCUACUGCCUACUGCUGCCGCCAUCAGAACUGAAGCUUGUGUUCAGCAUGUGGAACACGGUCAGUCAUAUAUUGACCAGCAUACUUCCUCCCGUAUUGCCCAUCCGGCCUCGUCCAGACUCUGCACCCACUCCAGCCGACGGGACGACUGCACAGGAUCCUACCACAGGCAAGAUGGACGCCGAAGGGGUGUACAAACCCAGCAUCACCGACGUUAUUGUCGUCAAGGCCAUGCUGGUCAAAGGCCUCCAGAUCCCUGUAGAGAUCGCCGACAACAUUAUUGAGCUCGCCGAGUACUGGCCGCACGUCACCGCCGAGGUCACAUGGGGAGACGAGCGCCCAAAUCAAGUAUGGAGCGGCGAGAGCAGAGAGAACCAGUUCUUGCUCCGCACACCACCCCUAGGCUUCCCAGGCUGGGGAACCGACACAACAAGCUACACCAAAACGAUCCAUCCCAAGCCCCCUGGUGAAGGAUAUCCCGCCUCGAGCUUCCAAAAACUAGCCAAAUCCCCAGUCACUCUCCUCGCCCAGCCAUGCCGCCGCAUCGUCUUCACCAUACGAUCCAAAGAUCAGGGCUGGGGCGGCGAGUACCACAAUCAGAACACCUACAACGGCUCCUGGACAUGGUUUGAAGCCGGGCUGGAAAGGUGGUGUAAAAGCCAGAUACCUGAUCCCCCACAGCCAUGUGAAUCCCAUGAAGACCCAGUUCAGAAACCGGUGAGAGAUGAUGACGACAACGACGAUGAUAAGCAACCGUCAAUGAACCUCGAGGAUCUGGCCACCGUGAUUCCCGAGGUGGUGGCUGACCCGCAAAGUAAUGAGUUCAAGUUCAACCAUCCGCUGCUUCCACGGGAGAACGUCAAGAUUCAGUGCAACAAGUUGACGGAGAGGGAAUACAUCACGCAUGUGGUGGAGUGGAAUCACGAUGAUGACGUGGAUCCUGAGGACGAGGUGGCGGCGAAGAAGCUACAUGAUGUUGGGAGGGGAGAGCAGACGGGGAAUGGGGAGUUUGUGAGGAACAUGAGGAUUGGGGAUGUGGUGACUGUCUGGGGGAAGACGAGGUUCGGGGGCUGGAUUAAUAACAUCUCGUCGGUGAAGGUGGAGGUUUAUUGGUCGGUGUAGAGUCGAAGCUGGAAGAGAUGGACUUGGGAGGCUGGAGUGGUUGAGUAUUGAUGCCUAUUUUAGCAACAGUUGAUGUUACUGUUUUUCGCUUUGUACCGUCGGCCUGUGUUCUGACUGAAACGUGUCUACCUAAUGUCUACCUAGAGUCCAAUCAGCCAGAUGAAAGUGCUUUCAAGUCAGCCGAGACUCGGGCCUACCGGCUGUCUAUUGGGGCGAAUUGCUGGGACAAUGACAGGAAUUGACGUUGGACUUUGGCCAGUUUCGCUACGGUACGGUCCACGAAGAAGGGGCCGAGUGGCUUGGUAAAGCGACUGAUAUGUGUAGGAUAGCUGCCAAUCGUUCGUUUUAUUUAUUGUUCA